CGGUAUUAAUACGCCGGAUAGGGAGGGAGGAGAGGAUUCACCGUGCUUACAAAGCGAGAACGUUACACGCGCUCGAGAACGGUUACAAAUACUCCCACUGCUCGCUUACCUCGUCAUCGUCAUCAUCGUCAUCGUCAUCAUCAUCAUCAUCAUCAUCAUCAUUAUCAUCAUCAUCAUCAUCUUUUUUCUCCCGCGCAAUAUCCGCCACACGAUUUUCCCUCUUCUCCUCCCUGCCCAACCCCUCGUCUCAAUUUCUCCCACGCUUUCACUCCCUUCAUUCAUCCCCCUCUAUCCCGCCGCCGCUUCCUCCACACCCUGUCUCUCCCGCAUCCACCCACCCCUAUUCCCGUUAUAUCCGUCUCCCUCAUACGCACCCUCUCUCGGUCGCUUCUCUCCGAUUACUCGUCGAGAGAAGGGCUCGUCAUCCCUCGCGAGGACCACCGAGACGCGUCGCUCCGGUCGCGUUCGCGUCUGCCAACGUCGCGUCGCGGUAGACGGUCGUCGUCAUCGCCGUCGUCGCGCUCGCCGUCGUCGUAUCAAUCGCCAAGAUCCCUCGCGAGGACGACCGAUUAUCGCGGACGGAUCCGUAUCUCGUGUCGCGAGUGCCGCGCGAGAAGGACAUCAUCGGGUGGCAACCGACACCAUGAACGUCCCACGGGAGGACUCGCCGACGAGAUAGUCUAUGAGAUUAGCUGGCUGGCUCGCCGUUCACCCUCUCUCGGUCUUCAUCCCCAAGAGCCGGGAGACAUUUCUCUCGCUCGAGAGGGAUAAAGCGGGAUAGAUCGAUAGGCCAGCUGGUGUUCGCAGCGUUUUCGCGAGUAGGCCGGUAGGUCGGUGGUGGUGGUGCGCGGGGUGCGGCCCAGGAUGGUGAAGGCACCGAGCGUGGGACCCACCGGCGGCGGCCCGGCGGCUAUCAGGCGGAUCCAUCCCGGUCCCGAGAUCGCCAUGAAUCCGAGAAAUCUGCCCACGGCGUCCGCGAGUAUGCCGCCUGCUAUGCGAGGGGAUGCCAACGCCGUCGACAGAACAACGUCCGUUUAUCAUCCCCAGGUGGACGUUUCCACGCAAGUGGAUCUCCACGGUGUCUACGGCGCUCCGGUCAACCUGGACUCGUGGGACCGUCGAGCGACGCCGUUGUACUCGCGCGAGGACAUUAAGGAACAAUAUUGUAUCACCAGCCGGCAGUUGGACGCCGUUGAGAAGUCCGGCGGCGGUUUUUUCGGAUGCCUGUCGACGAGGGGCCCGUCUCCGUGCAGCUCCACCAGGAACUCCAUCCUCUCGGCGUGCGUGCGUAGCGUGCCCAGCGACGAGAAUCUUUGUGAUGCGCCCUAUCCUCGGAAGCCUCUUCAGAUCAUGUACCGCCAGCCUUAUCCGACCUAUUCCCGCGGCCUGUCGCGCUACGAUCUCGAGGACGAGGCGGACUGGAUCGAGAGUUCCUACUUCAGGAGAAGGCCGAGAUCCUUCUGCACCGUGCCCGAUCCGAAAAGAUACACUUGGGUGCCGGAAGAUGAAGAAUCCAUGAGGUUGGAAGGUCCGCGGCCGGUGUUACCACCGGUAAUACCUUCUCCCCCCAUUUCCAUGAUGACAAUGCAAGGACCGCAAGCUCCGAAGACGAAGCAUGUGAGCUUUGCGAGAUCGCACACGCUCACGUCGUUUGAAGUCCCGAGAAACAGAAGCCCACCGAGGCCACAUAAUCCGGAACGUCUUAUAGACUCGCAGCCGACAAUGCAGAAUACUAUACUGCCUUCGUCCUUGCCCUUAGCGCAUCCUUAUCCUGGCAUUGAGCCACGUGUCCUCGUACUUGAAAAACCACCUAAACGCGGCGCUAUGAAGACCCAGGCGACGCAAACCGAAAUUCCGGCAAUGUUUCGCGGUCGCGUACUCCCGGUGACCUUGAGUCCCAGAACCAUCCAUCGUGUCAAGAUGGUUUCGCAGGGUGCUCAAACAAAUGGUAUUUUCAACGGGAGAAAAUUGACCAAGAGCUAUUCGGAAGCCGGACAAUUGGGAACGCCGCUCGGCGGCAGCCAGGUAGGCGCGCCGACGAAAGAAGAGACCGAGCACGAACCGCUCCACAGAACACAAAGCGAAGAACCACCGAGAUCGCCCUUUCUCGUUUCGACGACGCCACCGCCGCUUCCCUCCAACGCUACCGUCGUUAUUGAAGAAUCCUUGCCAAAUGGAGACAUUGUUCCCGCCGGAAUUUCUCGGGAGCAUCGUAAAUCCCUCGAUAUCGACGACCAGGAGAUCUUUAUAAAUUUCAAACCGGCACCGGUAUCACCGGACGCGCGGGCGCUCCUCAGUCGGAUCUCCGAGCCUACGCGUAAAUUCCUACCCCUCCAGAAGACCUUCUCCGACGGCGAAAUCCGUAUCGAGAGACGCGAGCUGAUCGGCGAGAGCAGCGAGCCAAGUUAUCCUCACACAUGCAGGAGGAAUCAGCAGGACUCUUGGGGCAGAACUGUCAGAACGCCCGUCCAAUUUUCCUCGACACCGGAGGAUCUGUCCUUGUUGCGAAGCCUCUCGCCCCAAGAGGAUCAUCAUGAAGAGGAAUUCCACGAAAAUCUGAUACGUCGGGGUCUCUUCCGAAAGAGAAGCGUAUCCCUUGAGGAUGGCAUGCAAGGUCUGUCAUCAGACGACUUUAUGCUUCCUAGAUCACUUCCUACUUCACCCACAUCGCCAACUGCAGCAGCAACGCCACGUAGGAUCUCGCAGACACCGAAGGACGAUUCGUUGCCGAGCUGCACCUUUUUGCAAGCGACGGUCUGUCCGGUUGCCUUUAACACUGGAGCAAGCAUCACCGGUACCGGCAUCAUCGGCCAGGUUGCUUCGCCGUUCGCGUCGAGCGAUUCGCUAACCAACGACGUCACCAGGGACCACAGCGACGGGAUAUGGAAUGAGUCGCAGGCGACGGUUCUCCAAGCCGACUCGUUAGCUCUAUUGACGCCGUCUUCGAGGAGGAGACAUCUCUUGUUACUGCAACAUCAGCAACGUUCCUCCAUGGACACCGAGGCUCUCGAUGUCGAAGACGAGGCAGAGCCUUGUCCGCCGAGUCCACGAAUACGUCUGGAACCGGCUACUCCGGUGCAACCUCUCACACCAAGACACCAUUACAGAAUACAAGAUCUCUUACCGGUACAGUUUCAACAAAUUUACUACAAUGAUGUAUCCGCAACAGCACAUUUUUAUGCCUACGAUAUUAUUGAGUCUAUUUCUGCAAACAACGGUCGACCGAGAAGCGGAUUGCGUCGUGCUAGUCCAGGUCCGCCGUUGUCUCAGCCCCAAUCACAGUCGUCGAGCGAGUUCGGUUUAAGCCUGGCGAGGACCGACUCGGGCGGCCGCACCAACACCGAUCUCUCCGAGACCUCCGAAGAUUACGUCACUGCCAAUACUUCUACGGAAACUGGGACCACCACUGGAACAAGCGCCACGACCAGCUCCUGGUCGAGGCCGCCACAGACGUCCAGCGCCGCGGCGUCAGCGGCAUCGGCGCCGGCUUCAACCACCGCGACUGCCGCGGAAGGCAGCUCCUUCGAAAGCGCCAGUUCGAUCUACAGCUUGGCGAGGAGCGAGGCCGUCGUCGAGGAGCCGUGUAGUCCGCCGCCGAUUUUAGAAGAAGCGGAAAUCGCAUUCGGAUUAGAACUACCUCCGCCCUCGAUGAGAUCCAGCAGUAGCAGCAGUUCGGGUAGCUACGAUCUGAAGGACGCGAUGACGGAUCCGAAUAAUGAUCUCGAACAGGUUGCUUCACCUAGCGGGCAUACUUCAGAGACUGAAUUAGGUCGAGAUGAGGGUCACCGAUCAUCGUCCGGAGGUUACGCCGAGUCGCCGCCUGACAUCCGCAUGUGGAGCGAGGAGGAACGUCGCCGGAAAAAGAAGACCUUCAGCCUAGACUUCCUCGGGACUGCGUCGAAUAACGUCGAGUUAGAGCACAGCGCGGAACCGGCCUAUCCGGAGAAUGUCGAGGUCAGCCCGACGCCGAGCCACCGUCACCGAUCGCGAAGCAAGCCGACGUCGGCGCGAAGUCCCCAUCGAAAUAACAGAAAGCGAGACGCGAUGCAACAGUCGACACAACAGCAGCAGCAACAGCAGCAGCAGCAACAGCAACAACAGGCACUCAGCAGAAGUCCACAGAAGGAGGAAUGGAGACUCGAACAAGUCGAGGACGGUCCUCACGCGCCGACGUCUGAUGAUUCCAGCUGCAGUCAUCAUUAUCACAUGCAUCAUCAUCAUCAUCAUCAUAUGCAUCGAGACGGUGUGGAGAGUGGAAGGCAUCGUCGGACUAGGGAAAGCCCGAGGAGAAAGACCAGCGGUUACCUCUCGACCAGAAGACGUAGUAAUGAGGAUAAGAACGCGGCGUUAACAGGCAGCUUGCCGCGAAGAAAAUCCCGCCUCGCGGACGACAUAGUUUGCGCGAGUCGUCUUAGUCCUGGCCGUUAUCAGCGGAGUCCAGGGCACAACGGUCAUCGGGCGAUUGUCAUCGAGGCGCAGAGCCCGGAAGCGAGACUGAAGGCACUAUCCGCGGAAUCGUUGAGAUCCGUCAGCCCCGGCAGCGAUAGCGUCUUUUACAGCGAGAGCGCCGAUCAGCCCUGCAUCUCGGCCGUUGCCGCUUUGGACGCCGCGCACUGUCAUCAUUGCGGCAGAGAGGUGAUAUAUUACUUAUCGAUGCAUCUUUUGUUCAUUUCCCCCGCAUGCAUUAACCCUUUGCUCUCGGUAUAAUCUGUUUGCCGCUUUUUACUUGGGAAUCCAUUAAAAAAAAAAUGAACGCGUUUGAUUUUACACAAUUUAUAAUUACACUCUUGAUCGAUAGACGCAACAUUGAUAAUUAUAAACAGCAUUGAUGCGUUAUAAGAAUAAUACUAUAUAGAGAUUAGCUGACGACUUUGGCGAAAAAGAUUUGAGUGUAAAGGGUUAACAAAGUUUAAAAACAUUUCUAUCAAAUUCAUUUACGAUCUCAUUUUACAAAAAAAUUUUUUAAAUUUAUUUUGUUUAAAAACUAGGAGAAUAGACAUAGAAUGCAUCUCUAAUUUUUCUACAGCUUUCUUGUAGCUUUAAAUUAGACUUAAUUGCGAACCAAAGAUUGCAAAUUAUACCUGUUUCUAACUCAAACUGCAACUUUCUAAAAAUUAACGUAGUCAAAGAAUUAUUAUUAUUAUUAGUUUAUUAUUAUUUUCUUAAGGGUUUGCUAUUUAGAGAGAGUCGUAGAGUUAAUCCUCUGGAUAGUUGCCUUUGUCCCCUUUUAUUUUAAAAAUAGCAUUUACUUCUUGUAGUUUGCUUUUCACUAGCAAUUAGACAAGCGACUUGCUCUUCCUCUUGCUUAAUAAAUCAACUAAGUAUCAACUUAAUAUAAUCAACAUGCGUUAUAUGGAUAAGUAUGUGGACAGUAUAUAGAUUUACAUUCUAAAUUUCGUUAUUUAUCAAAUAUAUCUGAUAGUUUUUACAUUAAAAAAAAAAAAUUAAAAAAAAAUUACAUUAUAGAUAUAAUGUGGAAACUAUUAUAAUAUUUUUAAAAUUUAUCUAUGUAUAAUUCCUUGAAAAAGUAUACACAUUUUUUGGCCAUAAUUGAAAAAAUAUCAAUUCAUAUAUAAUAUACUAUUUUUCUUUCAUUUCUGUUUAAUCCAAUUAAAUAAAUAAUAUAUAACUACCUCAAAAAUUGAGAUAACUGAAAAUAUAAAAAAAAUAUUGUUGGGAACUGUAAUUACAUAGUAGUCGCAUUGAUUUUUCCAUCGAAUGAAUGCCCACGAAUGAAACAUGAAAUGUAAUAGGAAUGCAAAGAGUAGUAGAUUCUUCUUUCGAUCUAUUUCGAUCUGUCCAUCUGUCUGCCUUCUUUCUCUAUCGUGUAUGCCCUCCUGUUGCUUCAUCCCGAGGUGUCGGAAGAGAUCGUUCGACCACCGGCAGGUUUCGCGGACUCCCCGGAAGGACACCGA